GAGGAACUCACAGAAAGUAAUUACUUAUUACUAAUUACUAAUUAAUUAAAUCAUAAUUAUAAAUUCAUAUAAAUAUUAAGAACAAAAAAAAUCCCAAAUCCAAAUCUUCUCCUCGGACUUCCAUCAUUCGUUCAAAGAAGGUGACCCAAUCUACCAAAAAAAAAAAAAAAAAAAAAAAGGAAUUUUCAGGUCCUUCAACACCUCUUGCCUCUUUGUCUCUGCUCCAAAAAUCUCAGCUUCCGUGUACUUGUAUCGAUAGAUCGAUCAGUCAAUCUCUUGAUUGGGAAGAUCUUCUUCUCAUGGCUGAUCGCAGAUCGUUUGGACUGGGCCCUCGAUUAGAUAUUCAACAAUUAUUUUUAGAAGCACAACACAGAUGGUUGCGGCCUGCUGAGAUUUGUGAAAUUCUUCGUAAUUAUCAGAAGUUCCAUAUUGCAUCAGAGCCUCCAAAUAGGCCACCAAGUGGUUCUCUAUUUCUUUUUGAUCGGAAGGUUUUGAGGUACUUUAGAAAAGAUGGACACAAUUGGAGGAAAAAAAAGGAUGGAAAGACUGUGAAGGAAGCUCAUGAGAAGCUGAAGGUUGGAAGUGUUGAUGUGUUACACUGCUAUUAUGCCCAUGGAGAAGAGAAUGAAAGCUUUCAAAGGCGCAGCUAUUGGAUGCUUGAACAGGAACUGACGCAUAUAGUUUUUGUCCACUACUUGGAAGUGAAGGGUAACAGGACAAAUAGCAGCCCUUCAAAUAGCUUAGUUGCAAGUCAUAACAAAGAGCCUUCAGGAAAUACGGAUUCAACAAGCCCAACUAGUACUCUUACAUCAUUUUGUGAAGAUGCUGAUUCAGCGGAUAGUCAGCAAUCAAGUUUUGUACACCGCUCAUUUCUUGAGUCACCACAAAUGCAGAAUAGUCCUGUGAUGGACGAAAUAAAUGCUGGUGUAUUGAGUUCUCUGCAUCAUGGUUCAGAUAAUCAUGAAGGGCAGUCAUCGGUUCCUGUAGUAGGUCCAAAUUCAUAUGUUCAUGGAGAUGGACCCGGAUCUAAUGAUGGAACUUGCAUUGCUGAGUCUCAAAGCUUGGUAUCCUGGGAGGAGGUCUUGGAACAAUGUACAAUGGGACACAAAAGUACACCAUCUAAUUUGUCAGUUAAUGCCAUUCAAUCUAAUCCUACUAGUCUUGGAAGUUAUGAGGUUCUCAGUGAGAUUUUAUCUGGUGGGAAUGCUGCCAAAGAUGAGUAUGGUGGUUCUUUGCUAAUGGAAUCGCAUUGGCAGAUUCCUUUUGAGAACAGUUCCUUGCACUUGCCUGAGGGCCCUGUUGAGCAAACACUGGAUUUGGAAUUGGCAUAUAAUUUGGAUCCUGGGUUGUUUGGGCAAAGAACUCAUAAUGUGGAUCUACAAAAUGCAUUUGAGGAAUUUUUUUCGGGUCCUGUUCAGCACAAUGAAGAGCAUUUGCAGAACCACCUUCAAAUGGAGCUUACAAAUGCAGAACCACAUCUUGGAACGCACCCAAAAUCUGAGAAUAAUAUGUCUGUAGGAGAAAAUAGUAAAUAUGCUUUCAUAGUCAAACCACCAUUAUUAGAUGGGGAAGAGGUGUUGAAAAAAGUGGACAGUUUUUCUCGGUGGAUUACUAAAGAGCUUGGAGAGGUGGAUGAUUUGCAUAUGAGGUCCUCCUCCGGUCUUUCAUGGGGUACUGUUGAAUGUGGAAAUGUGGUUGAUGAAGAAUCAUUGAGUCCCUCUCUUUCUCAAGAUCAACUUUUCAGCAUAAUUGAUUUUUCACCAAAGUGGGCUUAUACAGACUCAAAAACAGAGGUUCAUAUUACUGGAACAUUUUUGAGGAGUCAGCAAGAGGUGGCAAAAUAUAAAUGGUCUUGUAUGUUUGGGGAAGUUGAAGUACCUGCUGAGGUUUUGGCAGAUGGGAUUCUUUGUUGCUAUGCUCCUCCUCACAAUGUUGCAAUGGUUCCUUUUUAUGUUACAUGUUCCAACAGGUUGGCUUGUAGUGAAGUGCGAGAAUUUGAUUAUCAGAUGGGUUCUGCUCAAGAUGUAGAUGUCAAAUAUGUUUAUUCUGGUAUGACCAAUGACAUGCAUCUUCAUCUGCGGCUUGAGAGUUUACUGUCUGUAAGAUCUUCCAGUCCUCCAGACUGUCUCUUUGAUGGUGCUACAGAGAAACAGAAGUUGGUCAGUGAGAUCAUUUUGUUGAGGGAGGAAGAUGAGGGUUACCAAAUGGCAGAACCAAGCUCUGAGAGACAUCUGUCCCAAGAUGAAACAAAGAGGCAGCUUCUUCAGAAGGCAAUGCAACCGAAGUUGUAUUCAUGGCUACUUCAUAUGGUAGCUGAAAAUGGCAAAGGGCCAAGUGUCUUGGAUGAUGUUGGGCAAGGUGUGCUUCAUUUAGCAACUGCUCUCGGUUAUGACUGGGCUAUAAAAGCUAUCUUGACUGCAGGAGUUAGUAUCAAUUUCCGUGAUGUGAAUGGAUGGACAGCUCUCCAUUGGGCUGCAUUCUAUGGCAGAGAGCAGACAGUUGCUGCCCUUGUCUCUUUGGGUGCGGAUACUCGGGUAUUGACAGAUCCGUCUCCAGAAUUUCCUUUGGGUAGAACUCCAGCAGACCUUGCUUCUGGCAAUGGACACAAAGGAAUCUCUGGUUUCCUUGCAGAGUCGUCUUUGACAAGCUACCUACAAUUGCUUAUGCUAAGUGAUUCAACGGAAGGUGGUUCACCAGACAUCUCAGCAACGACAGCUGUGCAAACAAUUGCAGAACGGAUGGCUACCCCUGCGAAUGAAAGUGAUGUGUCAAAUGUGCUGUCAUUGAAGGAUUCACUGACUGCCAUCCGUAAUGCUACACAAGCAGCUAAUCGUAUACAUCAAGUAUUCAGGAUGCAGUCAUUCCAGCGGAAACAGUUAACUGAGUAUGGGGAUGAUGAAUUCAAUAUUUUUGAUGGGCGUGGUCUUGCAGUUAUAGCUGCCAAUACACACAAGCCUAAUCAUUCUGAUGGACUAGAUGCUGCAGCUAUGCAAAUCCAGAAGAAGUUCCGUGGUUGGAAGAAGAGAAAAGAAUUCCUGAUAAUUCGGCAAAGAAUUGUUAAGAUACAGGCUCAUGUAAGGGGCCACCAGGUAAGGAAGCGAUAUAGAACAAUCAUCUGGUCAGUUGGAAUUUUGGAGAAGGUUAUUUUGCGUUGGAGACGUAAAGGAAGUGGUCUGCGGGGAUUCCGCCGAGAUGCACUUACUAAGGAUUCCAAUAUGCAAUGCGUGCCUUCUUCGGAAGAGGACGAUUAUGAUUUUCUUAAGGAAGGAAGGAAGCAAAAUGAGGAAAGGCAGCAAAAAGCACUAACGAGGGUGAAAUCCAUGUAUCAUUCUGAGGAAGGACAAGCUCAAUACAGGAGGUUGCUGACUUAUUUUGAAAAAUUCGAGGAACCUAAGGAAUGUAAUAUGGUGCUGAGCACUCAAAAUGAAGCAGUGUACGAUGACGGGGAAGUUGUUAUUGACUCACUUUUGGAUGAUGACACGUUCAUGUCAAUAGCAUUUGAGUGAAAUUGGGCAGUAAUGAUUUGCCUCAUCUGUAGAUAGAUGAAUGCCCUAACUGCAUGCCUGUAUUAUGUAAAUAUCUAACCAAUGUAGAAACUUAUUUCCUUUUGGUGAUAUGAGGAUUUGUAUGCAUAGUGUAGAAAAGCUAGCAGCUUUACUUUUCAGGUUCUGAAGAUUUUUUUUUCUUAUUUAUUGGUCUUUAAGUGGGCAUUAGUCUAUUUAUUUGAUUAGAAGACAAGACUCGACCUGUAAUAAUUUGUAAGAUUAUGAUGUCUAGCAUUUGAUUUUAAACAUUUUUUUUUUGAAGCA